AUGGCACGCAACCGCCCGUCCCCACACGUCGCGUCGUCUUUUUUUUCAUCUAGCCGACGCCAUGUCGCCACGAAGCACCCGUCGCGCGGGUACAGCCCCGUCGCGCGGGCGGGUGUGACUCCAUUUAUGGUGUCUGCUCAGUCUGGUGAUGUUGCUACUGUCAAGUAUUUUCUUGAUCAUGGUGGUGAUCUUGUGAAAGCAGAUGACAAAGGGCGCACAGUUCUCCACCAUGCUGUGGGUAUAGAGUUCCUCCUGUCAAAAGGAGUGCCUAUUGACAUAGAUUGUGGCCAUGGAACACCACUCUUUUGGGCUGCUAAUAAUGAGCAGGAUAAGACAGUUAAGAUUUUGCUAGAGCACCAAAUGUAUAUGGCCUCUGCCUAA